AUGAACAGCGACUCCGCCUACACUCCUCUCGAGACGCUGCUUCUCUUCCAGGCCCUGCGUGCUGACGGCGUCGACUCCAUCUCCUUCAACCGCAUUUCUGAGCAGUUGAAGAACAUCCCGUCGAUUCGCAACGACCGACGCUACGAUGGCGGCCGCUUAAGCCCAGAUGCCCUGCGCGAGCUCUAUCUCACCCUGCUCAAGGAUGAAGUGAAGCGCGACCUGGAAAGACAAGCGAAUGGCGACAAUCAACUCACUAAUGGUGAUGUCUCUCCCGCUUCGAGGAAACGAAAGGCACCCAGCCCGAGCUUGCCAACCGUGUCGGAAGCUACAAAACAUUCACACUUGAUCCCACAAUUAGUAACUCGUCUCUAUACUGGCUUUCGCCAGCAUUAUGUUGACACGGCGAUUCGGCCACUCGAAAAGAGGUAUGCUACCAUACACGAGGAGAUUUCGGAGAUUGAAUCUGGUCAAUGGGACGAGAGGCUGCAGAAGAAGCAGGUUGUCUCGCAGACUCAGAGCCCAAAGCCUUCCUCGACUGCCCACACGCAACCUGUUGUGGCGCGAGCGGACAAUCUCCAACCCUCUCCUGUUGUGGCUAGUCCAAGCGUGCCUGCCAAACAACCGGAGAGUGCUCCUCAAGGGCAUGUGAAGAGGUAUUCGCAAGCUAAGAUCGAUGCGAUGAUCAAUCAUGGACCGGAGUCACAGGACAGUCCCAUUCCUCACCAAAGAACUGCUUCAAACACCUCGCUGCCUCCACUGGCUGAACUCGCGCCGCAAUCGCCUCACCAUGCCAUUCCUCCGAAUGCCUCUGGUGCCGUGCCGACCCAGAUGCAGCCAAUGCAACAGAUGCCCCAUCAUGGAUACACACAAUCACCUCCCGCGGGUCACCAGUCGCCUUACCCCCCGCAGAACAUACAUCCUCGGCCAGGUUCCAUCUCUGGUCCACAAAUCCAGCAAACUAUGUCUAGGGCAUCUUCGUCACCAAGGCCAAUUCUGCCUCCUCCUAAGGGCAUGCAGUAUCAGCCAACGCCGCCGAUCCCGCACGCUGGCUCGCCAGGAGUACCUCAUCCGCACAUGCCACAUCAGCACCCCCAAGCACACCAACAGCACUUCCAGCCUCAACAACGUAUGCCGGCUGGGCCAUCACCAACGGGCGAAAUGCCACCUCGAGCAUAUCCGGGUACCCCUCUGGCUCCUCAUCCUCCAGCAGGCUACUAUCAGCAGCAACAGCAGUCAUAUGCUGGGCGGCGACCAUCGUAUCCUCCAGUUCAAGGUCACCAGACACCAACGUAUCCAACACAGCCUCCGCACCCUGGGGGAGGAUAUAUGUUACCGCCGUUCCAAAUUCAGCCACAGGACCACGGCAAACCGAUACAACAACCACUCCGGCCUCACCAGCCGCCCAUGUCGGGGCAACGACCAAUGUAUCCUUCUCCGGGUCCUGUUGCGCCGGCCACGGGUCCGCGGCCUCCGCCUGUACCAUCUCCUCAUAUACAAGCAGUGUUGGCUGCUCUCGCAACACCGCCUCGUACACGAUCAAUCUGGAAGCGUCCAUUGUACAAUACGCCGAUCAAGGAUCAGAUGCCAAAGCCAAGCCCUCAGGUUGAGCCGUUAAGUCCAACUCGGGGACGUGCCAAGCCGGCUCGGUCAAAUGCUCCGACUAUCGAGGAGCCUCCCGCCACCGAGUCGGCGACGAAACUGCGUUCGAGCAAGCGGCGCCCCAACGCUCGUGACAAGAGUCCUCACAGUGUGGUCUCAUCUGUAGCGGACGAAUCUCUCCUUGCACGUACGCGGAGUCAGUCUGUGAGCACUGUAGCAGGCGCGCAUCCUCCAUCGGAUGACCGGCCUCGCAGCAGGAAUGGAGUCAAAGCCGAGGCCUCCACGCCGUCGAACCUGCUGGAAGAGCCCGACACAGGGACCGGUACAUCGAGCGCCAAGAUGACACGCACGAGGCGAGGAACGCUACAAUCUCAGCAUCAGCAGCCGAACAAGCGCAAGUGGCGAGAAUCGCCUCCAGAGUCUGCACAGGAACGAGAAUGGGGCCCAACUCCACCUCCCCGCAGCAACACUGUCGUUGCAACCCGCAACCUGGCCAAAAUGUCGUCCGCUGUCAUGAACGACAUCGUCAGCCAUAAGCAUGCGUCCUACUUUGCCAAGGAGGUCCGCGACAAAGACAUUCCGGGCUACAGUGAAAUCGUCAAGCAGCCACAAAACCUCAAGUCGAUCCGAAGUGCGAUUACGGCCGGCGGCAAGGCCAUUGCCGCAGCCACCGCGAAUACGGACUCACCCGCGGCAACGCCAUCGGCGUCCUCGACAACAGUAGAGCUGGAACGCACCGCGGAUCUGAUACCUCCCAAAGCCAUUGUCAAUGGGGCGCAGCUCGAGAAGGAACUGAUGCGCAUGCUUGCGAAUGCGUACAUGUUCAAUCCCGGCGAAGACGGCAUGGCACUCUCCACCAAAGAGAUGUUUGAGGAUGUUGAGCAAAAGAUCUCCGAGUGGCGGGGCACGGAACGCGAGGCUGGUGGUGAUGAAGACGAAGAUGUGAAAGGCAAGCGGAGGAAGGUGUGA